AUGUCGACGGCUCCACUGGCCAGCGAGCACGCCAGCGUCACCCCCACCACCUCUACUGCGACCGCCGCCUCUUCGCCUCAUCCUUCUUCCGCCGCUGCCACCCCGUCCUCGAUCACAGGCGCAUCAGCUGCCGAUGCUAGCAGCAAGGCGAACGCCGCAGCAUCUGCCUCGCUUCCAUCAUCGACAAGCACGGAAAAGGUCACCAAAACUGCCUCUGCACCGAGUCGUGACCCUGUCGAUCUGACGCAGAACAAUCCGAAUGAUGCAGUGUCCGAGAAGAUAGUAGCCGACGCUGCAACACCGCGAGCUGCAGCCGAGAAGGAUGCCGCGUCAGCAAAUCCAGAAGGCUCGCUCUUGGCUCCUCAGCCGCAGUCUCUCUCAUCCGUCCUCGGCUCAACGGGUCCCCCGGAGAACGUGCCAUCCUCAGCCUCCAGCUCAUCGGCAUCGGCGGGACAGUCAUCUGCGUCGAUCAAACCAGCGCAAGCCGAUCCGCUUCCUUUGCCGUCCGACGCAGUGGCAGCAACGAAGAGCCAAGCUGUUCUGCCCGUAGCUGCAGACGACAGGGCAACGGCCUCCACCGCUCAAUCGGACACGCCUCCAAGGGCUGUGGCGAGCGCACUGCAUACACCCGCCCUAUCCAACGCCAAGCCGCCUGCGACGGUAGCGGACGCCGGUUCCUCAACUCCUUUUGCGUCUCCCAAAGAUGCAACGAUCAAGGCCGAAGUCAAGAUCAUCUCCUCGCCUACGAAUGGUGUAAGCAAUGAAACGACGGUGGAGAGAGACGUCGCCAGCACUCGCAUCGGUCUGGUGCUCAAGAUCAACAAGGAGCUCAUCAGGUGCGCUCGAUGGUUGCCCAAUCUCCAAACUUGCCAAGCUGCUGCGUUCCUCUGCCACACUGACGCUCGCCAAGCUUUCCGUGCUCCUGUCUUGCCUUGCUGACCCAGGCUCUGCGUUGACCUGGGUCAGCGCAGCCUCACUUCAGAGCCAGUGUACCGCGAAGCAGGCCUUAGACUGUCGUCAAACUUGUGUGCGUAGAACAGGACAUCGUCGUGCGUCUUGCGACUGCAGCUGAACGCUCCCCGCCAUCUUACGCGGGCCACACUGCGCAGCGUUCCUUGCCGCUAUGGCCGACAGGGCAGCCAAACCGGCAAUGGAUGGCAAAGCUGCUCCCCCUCCUCCGCGUGUCGAGCCCUUUCCACGCUCCCCCUAUGUCCCCGAGUCCAUGCUGCCCUCUCUCUACGCUCAGCUCAUCGCAACAUUCGACAUUGCGGCGGGUAGAAAGGCAGCAGCAGAGGCAGCGGCUGCGGGUACAAAACCUGGCGCAGCAUCCGCCAAGCACGACUCGUCGCCUCCAUCCGGAGCAAACACAACCACAAAGCGCUCCCGCGAGUUGUCUCAGGAACAAGACAGUCGCAAAGCCCACAAGCCUUCGCCAUCGGAUGCGUCUGCCGCCCCGCUUGCGGCGCCUUCACCAAUGAGCAGUAAACUUGCAGCCACCUCGAUCGCGAGCCAGAAUGGUGUCUUUCAAUCUGCUGCCCAUGACACCACGCCUGCGGGUGCUGCAGCGCUCUCAUCGAAUACACCGGCAUGGCCACCGGGCACGCACACCAGUCCUCCCCAGCCGACACAGCAAGCCCCUCCUUCAAAUCAACCACAGCUUCCCGGCCAAAGCUACGCUGGGGACCACGCUGCUCCUCGCCCUGGACAGCCCGCACCCUCCACUUCUGCUCCCACUCCACAGCAAAUUCAAGCUCUCACGCAGACAUUUGGACCCUCUGCACUCAGCUUGCUAAACAUGUUGCAAGCUCACAGCAAGGAUCAGCCUCAACCCCUGGUGCAGUACAUGGAAUCCACCCAGCCACACUUUCGAGCGUUGCCCGUUGCUGCUCAGCUUCAAGCGCUCGUGCGUACUCAAGCUCAGCUCCAGCAGCAGCACGGUCGUGCGCAGACUCAACUGAUGGGACAGGGAUCGGUGGACCAAUCUGCAGCGUCCGGCGUCGCUAUGAAUGGGCCAGCGAGAGCUUCACCCAAUCGAAUGUCUGCAAGCAGCCCGGACUUGGCCCCUCAGCAUCAGUCAUUUGGAGGAUCGAUCUCUUUUGGACCAGGGCAAUCGCAACAGUCUCCUGUCCUUCCCACUGGUGGCCAGGCUGGCUUACACAAUGGAAAUAUGCCCGCACAAGGAGUACCGCCCAUCAACUUUGCCGCGCUCCAACAGAAUCCAUCGUUGCAGCAGCAAUUCCUGGCUCAGAUGCAGAACGGCAUGCUUAA